AUCAGUCAUUUUAAGAAUGGGGAUUGGUCAGUACAAAGUAGAUCCCGCAUUAGACUGAUCUAAAAAUUUUACGUUGUUUCUUUUGGUAUAACAUUGUCUUGUAUACAUUUUUUCAAAUCGUUUGCACAUUUGAUAUUGCAAAAUAUGGAGAUUACUAUACCGCCGCCGGACUCGCACUGGUCGUUGAGGUGUGUGGACAUCGUGAAGCCUUUUCCAGAUCAGACUGUGGCCAAUGCCACUUACAAGGUCAUCCGCUUCUUUUAUCCACCUUUUGCCCUGGAAACGGUCGAUGUCACCCACGUGGUCAGCGAUCCCGAGCUGAAUAGUUUAAACGUGGGACUGUUUGUGGGCUUUCCCUUGUUUCUGGCCUGCAUCGGCUAUGGGAUGUUCAAGUAUGCACGGAAUGUGCAAUCAGUGCCUAAAGAGCGGCCAUUUAAACUGUACGAGCUUGAAAAGCGCAUGAAGGCCAAGUACGGCCCGGAAUACAAGCAGGGAAUCUGGAAGCGAAAGGACAUUCCUGACCCUCUCCUAUUGACCAAUGAUCCAUCCGAACCAGUGGCAAAGAGCAAGCACGACCGUGGGAGCAGCAAGUCAAACAACUUUUUCAUUGAGGACCACUGGCUGCCCGAAUCCAUUGAAAACUUUAUCGAAACCGAUGGUUCCGUUGAUAAAAUCAGGGGCAAAGCUGAGAACGCUAAGUGCCACUUGUUUGACUGCAGCACUCAGUUGGAUCGCCACUCGGAUCUGGCUGGAGAAAUUAAAAACGCCGUUAAAAGAGCGUCAACGCAAGGCCGAGAAGUAGGAAAGUCUCUUAUCCAAACCAACCGAGCUUUCUAAGCCUUCUAAGCAAAGAAAUCGAUUUCAGAUCUUUCAAUUCCGUUUAAUGAUUGGGCCCUUAUUGCGAGUGGAAUAGUCUCAGCUUUGGGCUUUCUCGGUUGGUGCAAUAAAAUGAAGUGAUUGUUCGGUUUUA